GUACCAGCUCCCUAGUUGCAAGCUUCCAGAGCGCCGGGUGCUGCAGAAGAAAGAAAGACCCGGCUGUCAAAUUACCCGGCGCUUGGAGAUGACGUUUGCAGACAGUAAAAUUUUGUCUGGUAGGGCUCAGACUACAGGAAAGGGACCCUCUAUUGACGAACGUGCCUUACGAAAAACUGAUCAUCACUGUUCAUAAAAAACACUUCUCUGUCAGUCAUGCUGCCCCUGAAGGAGAAGGAUAAACCUAUCAUCCAGAAGUUGCUGUCAGCUGGCUGCUGCGCUCGCUGUAUCCUCAGAUUCUGCUGCGUGAGUGUGCAGGCGGCAUACCGGAAGCCACCAGAGGAAACACUUGAAGAACUUCAAAUUUUCAUCAACGAUACAAAAAAUGAUAAAUGUCAAGAUUCAGUAGCUCUAGACUCCACAGAUGAGUACAAAUCGAAAGAUGCUGCAGAAUCAGAAACAUCUGAAGAUCCUCCCAAUAAAAGAGCAAAACUGGAAACCAGUAUAACUGAUGCUCAAUCAGAAGAAGGGGCAGCCGCUGUGGUCAAAUUAAAGGAUGGGGACUCGCGUGUAUGUGUGGUGUGUUUGGGAAUCCUGCAGGAACUAUGUGGUACAACCCAGGCGGUAAAGAUAACAGAGGCAGUGAAGGCAGGAAACUACGAGUUUGACACACUGGUGCUGUCUGUGUCUCUGCCCGCUCAGCUCUGUGUCCGUGAGCACUCCUGUUGGCUCCACGUGAAGAAGGAAGUGAGAGAAAAGGGCUUAGUGCUCAACAAGGACGAUGUCAUCCAGGUCAAGGAGGCCUUCAAGUGGAUCAUGCAGGGCAUGGUUGCCAAGGAGCUGGGGGGCAUUGCUGUGGUUACCAAGGUCAGCCCGUUUGAGGUCAGCGUGGAGUUCACUCAUUCAGAGACAGAUGCUGACUGCCACUUCCUAGCUGCAACAUGUCCUGACUGCUUCAAGCCUACCAAGAACAAACAGUCUGUGUUUACUCGCAUGGCGGUGGUCAAAGCUCUGGAAAAAAUACCCGAUGGCAAAUUUUUGAAGCACUACCCCUGUCCUCCAAAGCAGCCUACCAGCAGUUGCAGCCCUCAGGAGGUCCAGUGUCUGCGCGUGUCUGUGUUUGUGGCAGGGAGAUACAACAAGUUCUGUCGCAGUCUGCCUCAAACUCCCUGGGUGAUCGAUGGAGAGAGGAGGAUGGAGUCUUCGGUGGAGGAGUUGAUUGCGGCGCCUAUCCUCUCUGCCUUUAGAGCAGAUGGUUUUAAUUUCUCUUCAUCUGGCAGAGAGGAUGUGGAUGUCAGGACUCUUGGGAAUGGACGUCCAUUUGCGAUGGAGCUGCUGAAUCCUCACAAAUCCAGAUUCAGCAAAGAGCAGAUGAAGCAGCUACAGGAGACCAUUAACCAGUCGUCAGACAAAAUCAAAGUGAGAGACCUGCAGAUUGUUACCAGAGAGGCUAUGAGCCGCAUGAAGGAGGGAGAGGAGGAGAAGACCAAGUCAUAUACAGCUCUCGUGUGGACCCAGAAACCCAUCCAGAGAGAAGAUAUCUCUUUUAUUGAUGACAUCAAGGAUCUGACUCUGGACCAAAAGACCCCUUUGAGGGUUCUGCAUCGACGGGCGCUGGCUGUCCGACAGCGAGCCAUCCACAGCAUGAGCACUCGCUUCCUGGACUCUCAUCAUUUCUACCUAAGAUUGAAGACACAGGCCGGGACUUACAUCAAAGAGUUUGUCCACGGAGACUUUGGCCGAACGAACCCCAACCUGUGCCAGCUGCUGAAGACCGACACAGACAUCCUGGAACUGGAUGUGGAGUCUGUGGAUGUGGACUGGCCUCCCCCUGUGCCAGAGUGAAUGCUGCACUGCCACACAGACGCUGCUCUUGUCCUGUUUCUGAGAGGAUUCAGCUUGGACUGCACUGGUUCCAUCUGCUCCUGGAUUUCUGUUAGACCACAGUGCUGAACUGUCAGCAAACAGGUUCUGACAGUUGUGGUGAAACCAUCAUGGUGUGUGGAGGAGAGGAAAACACAAAUUAUAGCCACACAGUUCUCUCGGUUGGCUAGUCUGCUUUGUCUGGAUUUAUUUUUCAUCUUCACAAUGUCGACUGUGAAUCUUGAGUCUGAAGUAAUUUAAUAAAUAAUAGUGCCCUUGUUCUGUUUUGAGUUUUUUCAGGGCCAAGUGGAUAAAGUAGUUUGUAUGUAAAGAUGAAAAACAUGGUCCUUCCAUUUUUGUGUACAUACUGGUACUUAUUUGCUUUCAAGUGUAUCAAAAACUGUCAUUUUUCUUUGAAGCAGAAUGUCAAAUAAGACAGGCUAAUGUGUAAAAUGUAGUUAUACUCUUAAAACCUAAAAAAUGUUAUUAAAUUGUAUUAUAUUUUUUCUGUA